UCGAAUCGCCGCAAUCAGGCUGUCUGAAUGUUUUCCUGUCUUUCUCUAUCGUUGUUAUCUUUCUUUUUUCUUCCGCUCGGGACUCAUUCGUCUGCAUCUCUCCCUUUUCUUAACAUCACCCCGUUGUCCGCCUGUCAGAUCAUUUUCCCUUCUCCUUUGUGUUCAACUCUUGAUCCGUUUCUACUCACUCCGUGAUCCUCAAAAUUGCAUCUUCUUUUGCUCGUAUGUAUGUAUUAUUGUCGCUCUACAGCAAAAGUGGGAGAAUGGCGAGAGAACAGCGAGAGAAUAUUUGUGCUAGGGGGGUGGGGGGGCUAUACCGUGCUGUUUCGCAGUUCUGCCCCCAAAUUUGGAUCGGGUUUUGCCCGGAAGGCAGCAACUAUAUACUGGUUCCCCGACCGGGUUUGUUUUUGCAAUGCAAGCUGGAUAUAUGCACAUUGCUACUGUCCUGUCCCAUGCCCAUCCUCUCGGUCUUCUGUCUCCCUAUUUUUCUUGCCCUUUUUUGUCUGUUUUAUCUCCAUCCAGGUCCUGUAUAUAUAGCAUCCCACGGAGUUGAGUAUUUAAAAUUCAGUCCCAUCUUGUGAACUCAUGUGAUUAUGUACAAAUAUUUAUAUAUGUAGAAAGGAGAGGAGAAAAGGAGGUAUAAACAUGUCGUUAG